AUGUCUAACAUUCCAGAAAAUGACGGUUUUCGGCAAAUCGAGGUGGCUCUGGUCUUGGUCGAAGUUGGAGGAGAGGAAUUGAAGUUGGGAAAUUUCGUAGGGUUUGUUCGAGAAACUUCACUGGUUGGAGGUAUUGAAACUGCAAAGGGACAGUGGGACACCCCUUGUCUGAUCGUGAAGUUUGUUUUGUUUAGUGGCAUCACAUACUCUACUAUCACAACUAGGGCAUCUGCUACUGAAGAUGGUUAUAAGAAGUGUGAACAUACUGUCAAGAACUGGGCAUUCUCUUCCCGUGAUUCUGAAAUUAAAGAUGACAAAUGCAUACUGCGGGACUUGCUUUUUUUCCUUCAUGUUCCUAGGACAGGAGGGCGAACAUAUUUCCAUUGUUUCUUGAAGAAGCUAUAUGCAAAUGCCCAAGAAUGUCCACGCUCUUAUGAUAAGUUAAGGUUUGAUCCAAGAGAAUCAAACUGCCGGUUAUUAAGUACACAUGACGACUAUAGCAUGAUAUUUAAACUUCCCAAGGAGCAAACCUCAGUGGUUACAAUACUUAGAAACCCUAUUGAACGAGUCUUUAGCACUUACGAAUUUUCGGUGGAGGUAGCAGCUAGGUUUUUGGUAUUCCGUAACUUCACAUCUUUAUCAAGAAUGGCGAAACGUGCACGUCUGAAGGCAGGUGGGGUAAGCACACUGGACAUCUGGCCAUGGAAAUAUUUGGUCCCUUGGAUGAGAGAAGAUCUAUUUGCCCGAAGGGAUGCUAGAAUUAGCAAAGGCCAAUCUUAUAUCCUAAGUAAUGACUCAUAUGAUAUGGAAGAAAUUUUGAUGCCCCUACGUGAUUACAUUAAUGAUCCUAUUGCUCGAGACAUCAUCCACAAUGGGGCCACCUUCCAGAUUGCAGGACUUACAAACAACUCUUAUUUAGCCGAAUCACAUGCAGUGCGCCAUUGUGUACUAAAGUAUCAGGGUCUUGGUCAUUAUGUGCUUGAAGUUGUGAAGAAGAGAUUGGAUCAUAUGUUGUAUGUCGGACUUACUGAGAAACACAGAGAGUCAGCUUCUAUGUUCGCAAGUUUAGUUGGUGCACAGGUGGUAGCUCAGUUGACAAAAUCAAGCUCCAGUUCUGAUUCUGCCAUUAAUAAUGGUUCAGAACACAGAUCCUUGCUUCCGAAUUCCAAGUCUGAUGCAAAUCAAGAAAACAACACUUACACAAAGCUAAAGAAAGUAUCAUCAGCUAGCAAGGACGAAGCAGCAAACAGUAAUGUACACCCCCAGCAACGGCUUAUGGAGGUUGGAAAACUUCUGGAAGCAUACGAGUCCUGUAUUUCAAGCUUACGAAACUCCCAAUCAGAUCGACGUGCAAAAUCCUUGAAAAGAAUUUCUCCUGCAAACUUUACAAAAGAGGCUCGUCGUAAGGUACCUGAACUGCUACUUCAGGAAAUUACAUCACUGAACAGCCUAGAUACGCAGCUGUACAAUUAUGCUCGGGACAUCUUUGCAAAGCAACAGGCACUUGUGAUGCAAAAUAUGGUUCAGGCAAAGAACCUGCCAAGUACAGUAGACGAGCAUGCAUACCUCUCCUCAGGGAAAGUCCUUUUCUUGGUCAUAGCCUGUCUCUUGGUUCUUUUCUUCGUGUUUCAUUUUGUAAAUGCAAGGAGAAGGACUUCGAAAGUUAAAUUGUAAUUUUAGUCCGAAUGAAGUAGAAAGAUGAAAGAACCUCGUUGAAUAUGAAUUUCAGUAGAAAAUAAUAGUUAUUCCUUGGAUAUACAAAAUGUCAAAAUCCCUAACAUUUUGCAUUCUGGGAAAUAAAAUAAAAAUUGAAGGGACUCAAUUCUUCAUUUUUGAA